AUGGAAUGGAAAUUGGGCACAACGAAUGGCCAAACGGUUGCCGGUGGGAAUGGACAAGGAAAUGAGGCUCAUCAAUUGUCUAACCCGUUUGAUGUGAUUGUCAACAAAGAAAGAGAGAGUCUCAUCAUCUACAAUUAUUCGAAUGCACGAAUAGUUCGAUGGCUUCGUCGAAAUGGAAUAAGUGGAGAAACGAUCAUCUCGAACAUCGAUUGUUGGAGUUUGACAAUGGACGAAAAUGGAUCUCUCUAUGUCGUUGAUAAUGAAAAACAUGGAUUGAGACGAUAUCAAAGAGGAGAAUCUCAAGAAACAGUAGUUGCAGGUGGCAAUGGAAGUGGAAAUCGACUUGAUCAACUCUCUAACCCCUAUCAUGUAUUCAUCGAUCGAGAUCACUCAGUAUACGUAUCUGAUUAUGGAAAUCAUCGUGUGAUGAAAUGGAUGGCAGGUGAACAACAAGGCAUUGUCGUGGCUGAUGGUCAAGGAGAAGAAUCGAACCUGCUCAAUGUGCCUGUCGGUUUAUCAUUCGAUCGACAUAGCAAUCUCUAUGUCGUCGAUUACGGAAAUCAUGGAGUACAAGAAUUCAAUAUCAAUUCAAAUAAAUAA